CAAGCUGUCAUGGCUGCUGCAAGGAGGCUCCAGAUGUGUGCGGUUUCUCCGACGGGGAAACAUUCCGCCUCGGUCAUCUUCCUGCACGGUUCAGGUGACACUGGGCAGGGACUGAGAGCCUGGGUUCGAGAUGUUAUGGUGCAAGAUCUGGCCUUCAGUCACAUCAGAGUUAUUUACCCCACAGCUCCAGUUAGGCCAUACACACCCAUGCGAGGGGCUCUGUCUACUGUCUGGUUUGACCGUCACAAGAUCUCAUGGGACUGCCCAGAACAUCUUGAGUCCAUAGACGCGAUGUGCAGCACCUUAGGGUCCAUCAUUCAGGACGAGGUCAACGCUGGGAUCCCCAAACACAAGAUGGUCAUUGGGGGAUUCUCGAUGGGCGGGGCCAUGGCUCUCCACCUGGUGUGUAGGCAUCACCCUGAUGUAGCGGGAGUUUUUGCACUGUCCAGCUUUCUCAACAAGGACUCUGUUGCUUUCCAGACGGUGGAGGAGCGUCUCGGAGCAGGACUCUCCCUCCCUGAGUUGUUCCAGUGCCAUGGGACCAGUGAUGAGCUGGUGCUCCAUCGGUGGGGAGACGACACGUCAGUGCGGCUGAGGAAGGCUGGCAUGACUACUACCUUCCACUCCUUCCCAGGCCUGAACCACCAGCUUUCCCAGCCUGAGAUGGAGCUGUUGAGAAGCUGGAUCCUCAACAAACUCCCCCCACCCACCUCCUCCUGACUCUCUUCCAUUCCUCUGACUCACAGAUUUAGUGUUUUUGUCAAUAAAAAAAAUCCUUUUUUUAAUAUUAGCUUUGUGAUUUGUGUACUGUAACACUUUUACACCAAGCAGUUUAAAUGAGCCUCACAGCAGGAACCAAAUGUCUCUUUACAAGAUGUAAGGUCUCUUCAGGUGUGUCCCUCCUGGGGGCUUCCACAGUUAUAAGUCCACAUGAACUCCGCUGUAAUAUUGGAACCAAGGACCCAAGUUUGGAAACUGAGCCACAGGAGUUUGUUGAUAGGAAUCUAAAAGAAUUGCAGUCACAGAAGAAAGUAAUGGAGACAUUUAGCGCUGUAAAAAAAGGAAACUGAAACCGCAUCACAUCAUGUGGUGUUGCGCAGAAAUAUUACUCCUCUGUACUGCUAAAGAUGUGUGUUUGGUAAUGAU